CGCGCAGAGCGGCGGCGGCGACUCGGGGGCCGCCGCUGCCCCUGCUGCCAUGAGUUGUGCGGAGGUGAUGUAUCACCCCCAGCCGUAUGGAGCGCCCCAGUAUCUGCCCAACCCUGUGGCAGCUGCAACCUGCCCCACAGCCUGCUAUCAGCCGGCUCCCCAACCUGGCCAGCAGAAGAAGUUAGCGGUAUACAGCAAGAUGCAGGACUCUCUGGAAGUCACCCUUCCCAGCAAACAAGAGGAGGAGGAGGAGGAGGAGGAUGAGGAGGAGGAGGAGGAGGAGAAAGACCAGCCUGCCGAGAUGGAGUACCUUAACUCUCGCUGUGUCCUUUUCACUUAUUUCCAGGGAGACAUUGGGUCAGUAGUGGAUGAACACUUCUCAAGAGCUUUGGGCCAAGCCAGCACCUUCCAUCCAGAAUCUGCCAUUUCAAAAAGCAAGAUGGGGCUAACCCCCCUAUGGCGAGACAGCUCAGCCCUCUCAAGCCAGCGGAGUAAUUUUCCAGCUUCCUUUUGGACCAGCUCUUAUCAGCCCCCACCUGCACCUUGCCUGGGGGGAGUUCAUCCUGACUUCCAAGUCACCUCACCCCCUGGCACCUUUACUCCAGCAGACCCUAGCCCCUGGUCAGGACAUGGCCUGCAUCAGACUGGCCCACCACCUCCCCCUCCUGUGUCUGAGUCCUGGCACUACCCUUUGGCAUCUCAGGUGAGCCCAUCCUACAGCCACAUGCAUGACGUGUACAUGCGGCACCACCACCCCCAUACCCACAUGCACCACCGCCACCAUCACCACCAUCACCACCAUCACCACCACCCUGCUGCUGGCUCUGCUUUGGAUCCAUCCUACGGGCCCCUGCUGAUGCCAUCAGUGCGUGCGGCCAGGCUUCCUGCUCCCCAGUGUGAUAUCGCGAAGACAGAUCCAUCUGCAGUCACCACUGCUACCUCAGCGUGGGCCGGAGCCUUUCAUGGAACCGUGGACAUAGUGCCAAGUGUGGGAUUUGAUACAGGUCUACAGCAUCACGACAAGAGCAAGGAAUCACCAUGGUACUGAAACACAGUGUUAGCAAGUGGAGUUGCAGCCUAAAUCCAAGGACCCACUGGGGAAAUUUGCUUUUAGGAUUUUCCAGUCUGCAAAGGGGGCACAAGUAACAUGGAAGGCAAAGAGGACAUGUCAAGCAGUUGACUUUGGUUUUGAAACUUUUCUGGAGAAAGCAAAGUGGGUCUUUUGUUUGUUUUCCCUUGUCUGAGCAUUUGUCAACUGUGUGACUUUCUUUUUUACUUUUUGGCUUUACCAAUACAUGGGUUAAUUUUUAUUUCAUUGUAAUUUUUUAUAUUUUUCUGUUGGAACCAGCCAUUGUGUCAGGAAAUGAUGAACCACAAAUGAAAAUGCUCAUUCUUUCAGGAAUAAAAUUUUGUAGCUCUAUGUUCAUCUAUUUUUGUAGAAAUACAGAAAGUUAGGUUUAGCAUUGAUGGGCUAUUUUUGAGGGAUUUAAAAAAAUAUUGUAAUAAUUGUUGAGUUCUGUUUAAAGAACUUGCUCUCAGAGAAGCACUGGCAACAAUGUUUAGAAAACGCUAUCUUUAUAAUGUCUGUGAUAUGCUUAUUUCUGUGCUUUGUAGGUUACCUCAAGUUUGUGACAUUUUCUUCUUUCUAUAAAAGUAGAUACACUAUAGCCAAACCAAUUCAGUAUUGUUUUUCCAUUAAAUCUCAGUGGUGAUUUAAUUCUGUUCUAGCUCACUUAAUUUUGACUUACAUGUAUAUCUUGAAAAGGGGAAACUUUAAGGGCCACACUAAAAGAUAUUUCAUUACUUUGAUUCUCCCAAAGAGUACUUGGAGGCUGUGGUGAAAGUUUGCAUUAAUCAGCUGGAAAGUUUGCCCAAAGUGUAAAAAUUAUCUUUCUAGUCCAUCUAACUUUGAUAAAUGGAACCAGAAUUUAAAAACAACUACUGUACUUAAAUGUGUUUAAUCAAGCUACCUGUGCGUGCCAGUGACUUAUUCUACUUGUUUCUAAUUAUUCAUUCAUAAAAGUUUCAAAGUCAUGGGCUUUUUUUAAAGUGAUAUUUUUUUACUGGAGAAUUUGAUGGAAUAAUAUCUGGAAAUGUACUAGAUAUGUAACAAAGCCCAGUCUGUUUCUGUUAAUGUCACUCACCAUUGUAGAAUGAAAAAUAA